AUGCGCAAACAGGAGAUUGAAGACAAACUCAAUUCAUGGAUCCUAUUCAAUGAAAAGAAUAAAGAAGUGUGCGCGUGGCUGGUGCAGAUGGAAAACAAAGUUCUGCAGACCGCGGAUAUCAGCAUUGAAGAAAUGAUUGAGAAGCUGCAGAAGGACUGCAUGGAAGAAAUAAACUUGUUCAGUGAAAACAAGCUGCGGCUAAAGCAGAUGGGUGACCAGUUAAUCCAGGCAAGCAACAAGACGAGGGCGGCUGAGGUCGACGACAAACUCAACAAGAUCAAUGACCGCUGGCAGCAUCUUUUUGAUGUCAUUGGCUCCAGGGUGAAGAAGCUGAAGGAGACCUUUGCCUUCAUUCAGCAGCUGGACAGAAACAUGAGCAACCUUCGCACCUGGCUGGCUCGAAUCGAGUCCGAGCUCUCCAAGCCCGUCGUGUAUGACGUGUGCGAUGAUCAAGAGAUCCAGAAGCGGCUGGCGGAGCAGCAGGAUCUGCAGCGAGAUAUUGAGCAGCACAGCGCGGGGGUGGAGUCCGUGUUUAACAUCUGCGAUGUCCUCCUGCACGACUCGGACGCAUGCGCAAACGAGACCGAGUGUGACUCCAUUCAGCAGACCACCAGGAGCCUGGACAGGCGCUGGAGGAACAUCUGUGCCAUGUCCAUGGAGCGGCGCAUGAAAAUCGAGGAGACGUGGCGCCUGUGGCAGAAGUUCUUAGACGACUAUUCCCGCUUCGAGGACUGGCUGCAGUCGGCCGAGAGGACGGCGGCCUGCCCCAACUCCUCCGAGGUGUUGUACACAAGCGCCAAAGAAGAGCUGAAGAGGUUCGAGGCUUUUCAGCGGCAGAUCCACGAGAGGCUCACGCAGCUGGAACUCAUCAACAAGCAGUACCGGCGCCUGGCGCGUGAGAACCGCACGGACGCGGCCAGCAAACUGAAGCAGAUGGUGCACGAGGGCAACCAGCGCUGGGACAGCCUCCAGCGGCGGGUCACGGCCAUCCUGCGGCGCCUCCGGCAUUUCACGAACCAGAGGGACGAGUUCGAGGGGACCAGGGAGAGCAUUCUGGUGUGGCUGACGGAGAUGGACCUGCAGCUGACCAACGUGGAGCACUUCUCCGAGAGCGAUGCGGACGACAAGAUGCGCCAGCUGAACGGCUUCCAGCAGGAGAUCACGCUGAAUACCAACAAGAUCGACCAGCUCAUCGUGUGUGGCGAGCAGCUGAUUCAGAAGAGCGAGCCCCUGGACGCCGUGCUGAUCGAGGACGAGCUGGAGGACCUCCACCGAUACUGCCAGGAGGUGUUCGGCAGGGUGUGCCGCUUCCACCGGCGGCUCACCUCCCCCGCGCCAGGCUUAGAAGAUGAAAAGGAGACCUCUGAGAAUGAAACAGACAUGGAAGACCCCAGAGAGAUGCCCCCUGACUCUUGGCGGAAAAGUGGGGAGAGCGAGGAGCCCCCGUCUCCCCAGUCUCUCUGUCACCUGGUGCCCCCGGCGCCCGGGCACGAGCGGUCCGGCUGCGAGACCCCUGUCAGUGUGGACUCCAUCCCCCUCGAGUGGGACCACACGGGUGAUGUGGGCGGCUCCUCCUCUCACGAAGACGACGAGGAAGGUCCGUACUACAGUGCACUAUCAGAUGUAGAAAUCCCCGAAAAUCCUGAGGCCUAUCUUAAAAUGACCACAAAAACUUUGCAAGCGUCUUCUGGUAAAUCCAUUUCUGACGGCCACUCGUGGCUUGUUCCAGACAGCCCGUCCUGCCCCAAGCAUCGUUACAAACAGAUGGAAGGUGAUAGGAGUGGACCGCCCGUCCCCUCAGACUCCAGCACGCCUUAUAAACCAGCCUAUGUGAAGCUCCUGUUACGUCCAAGUGCCGACGGUGGCAAAGAAGGCCCUACAGUCCUGAAUGGCAGCCGACAGCCGGAAGAUGAGAGAGGCGCAGGUGUAACAGGACAGCAGCCAGGUACCUUGGACAGAUGGGAGCUGAUUCAAGCGCAGGAGCUUCACGGCAAACUCAGAAUGAAACAGAGCUGGCGGCAGCUCGACUCUGACAUCGGCAGCAUCGCCGCGUGGCUGGCAAACACCGAAGCGGAGAUGGAAACGCUGCAGACGGCAGAGCCGCCCUCUGAUGUCCAGGAAAUGGGGCUCCGAGUGCGGAGGCUGCAGGAGAUAGUAAAGGCCUCUGACACCUACAAGGCGUUGCUGGACUCUGUGCACGGGAGCAGCCAGGAGUCUCUGCCCAGCGAGAGCGCCGAGGCGGCCGAGCUCCAGAGCAGGCUGCACCAGCUGCGCGUGCGCUGGGAGGCGGCCCAGGGCGCAGUGGACAGCUGGCGCGCGGGCCUGCGACAGUCGCUCAUGCAGUGCCAGGACUUCCACCAGCUGAGUCAGAACCUGCUGCUGUACUUGGCCAGCGCUGAGGGUCGGAGGCAGGAGGCUCAUGUUGCUGACCCCAAGGCCGACCCCCAGGUUCUCCUGGAGUGUCAGAGGAGGCUGAUGCAACUGCAGAAGGAGCUAGUGGAACAUCAACCUCAAGUGAACUCCUUACGGGAGAUUGCCAACAGCCUCCUCGUUAAGGGGCAGGGGGAAGACUACAUCGAGGCCGCGGAGAAGGUCCAUGUCAUUGAGAAGAAGCUCCACCAGUUACUGGAGCAGGUGGCCCAAGACCUGAUGUCCCUGCAGGGAAGCCAGACCCAGGACCCAGCCCUGCCUGCUGUCGACGAGGUGGACUCGGGCCAGCAGCCUCCGGCAGCGUCCGUGCCAGCUCCCCGGGCGAGGCUGGGAGCGGAGAAGACCACACGAGGCAGGAAGGAGGCAGACAGCAGGGUGCCCGGCCCCGGCAGCUCCCGGCCACCGCGCUCCUUCCUCGCCCGCGUGCUGAGGGCAGCACUGCCCCUCCAGCUGCUGCUGCUGCUGCUGCUGCUGCUGGCCUGCCUGCUGCCCUCCUCCGAAGAGGACUACAGCUGCACCCAGGCCAACAACUUCGCCCGCUCCUUCUACCCAAUGCUGCGGUACACCAACGGGCCGCCCCCUACCUAGGAGGCUGGGGCCCCUGCAGCGCCCCACAUCAGCCUGUUGACCUCAGGGGACCAGCUCACGGCCCCAGACCAGUCUGUGAGCGACUGUGGGCACUGGCAAGGUCCAGGGACCCACUAUGGAAGCCUCCUUCUGGACUUGUGCAGAGUGGGCGGCCAGCCCGAAGACGGACUUCCUCCUCUCCUCCAGGGGGCGCCUGUGCAGCCAGGGGCGCCAGGCACUCUGCAGGCAGUGCCGUUUGGUUUAGGGACUGUGGAAAUGCAGUUUCCUGAGGAGCCAAGCACUUGGAGAACUUGGACUUCUCUGUAAAACAGCAUUGUCGUAGCUGCUGUGGUCGGUCAGCAGUGACGUGCAUGCAGUCUGUCUCCUAGCAACAAGCCAGCUUCGAAACAGUCCAGAAUUCCUGUGCACCCUCGGCUGAUGGAUCAGAAACAAUCCUAUUGCAAACGUUUAGAAUCAGUUGUUCUCCAGUGACGAUCCGUUUCGAACUACAGGUUACAAACCGACACGUUCUGUUCAGUCCCUAGAUCUCUUUUAUAUUGCUUUAAAUUUUUAAAGAAAUUA